AUGUCGCUCUCAACUUGGAGAUUGUAUCUCGAGCUCACGCACCUGAAUCAUUCUCUCGAUGCAAUUGCAAUCUACUUGCCAUGUGCUACCGGCGUCGUCCACGCCGCCGCUGCAUCCCACCGGCAGACCCUUCCUCUGUCCCUAGUACCUCAGUGCCUGAUGAGAUGGCUACCAAUAUCUGUGCUCCAGACGAGCUUCGGAAACACCGUCAACGAUAUCCUCGACCAAGAUUUGGACCGGAAAGUGUCUCGGUGCUGGAAUUCGCUUCUGGCUUGGGAAGCUCUGUCUACGACCCAAGCCAGUAUCUUGCUGCGAUUUAAGCGUUAUCAGCAGCUGUAUCUACCCGCUGGAAAGCGCGUCACCAACUACCCACAGGUCAUUCUCGGGGCCAUGUUCGCCGCAGGCUUCACCUGCGGGAACGAGUCCACUGGGCUCCGUCUGGCAUCUCAGGCUCAAACGGUCAAGCUCUCCGCGGGCAGCAUGAUGGGCGUACUGUGUUUGUGGGUCGUGAUGCUCGACGUGAUCUAUGCCUUUCAGGACAUCGGGGAUGAUCCCCGCGCCGGGGUCCGGAGCAUGAGCGUGCGAUUCCAGAACUCGAGUCGACGGCUCUUUACCGUCUUUGGGGGUAUUCUACACGACCCUUUGUUUGCGCGAGUUGCCGAUGGCGAUUCCGGAGGGGGUUUCCGUUGA